UAAUUUUAUUAUAGGCUAAGUCACAUGAGCAGAAAAAAGAAACUCCAGAGAUAAAUUUUGGGGAAACAUGCAAAAAAAAAAAAAACUGAUGCAUCUUGACCCAAAUAUUAGUAUCGCCUUGGAUUCAAUGGGGUUUGGCUCCUCCUUUUUGCAUUUGUAGCUUUUUCAUUAGUUUUAUUGUGUGCAGCUUUUGAAGCUAAUAUUUAGAAAUUUGUGUCGAACGGUAAAGUGGAGGGACCAUUUCCCACCAAUCAACAUUACUUUUUAUUUAAUUAUACUAGUCGGUGGGUGGAUGGUAACAUCUAUAAAAUACUUAAGUCUCUGCACGGUUGGAUCCACAUCUGUGUUUCAUCUUGUUCCAAUCAUUUUCAUUUUCUCCUUUUGCAGCAAUCAAAUACUUUUUGCCUUGAUUUCAGUUUGAACAACAAUGGCCGGAGAAAUUGAUUUCGACAUUGCCAGACAGCUCAUUACUAAGUUGAGCUCUCCUGCUCUCUCUCAAUUUAGACUGUGGUGGAAUCUCAGACAUGACAUCGACGACUUCCAACACACUGUCAGUACAAUCGAUGCUGUGCUUCUUGAUGCAGCAGAGAAAUCGGUGACCAGCAAUCACAAAGUUUGGCUUGAAAAGCUGAAAGAUUUGCUUCAUGAUGCCGACGACUUGCUCGAUGAUUUCUCAACCGAAGCUUUGCGAAAAGAUCUAAUGGGUGGGAACAAGCUGACAAAAGAGGUACGCCUUUUCUUCUCAAGCUCAAACCAGUUUGCCUAUGGUUUCAAAAUGGGUCGGGAAAUUAAGGCCAUUAAAGCGAGAUUAGAUUCACUUAAAAGUGAGGCCAACACUUUUUGCUUCUUUCCGCUUGAUCAGACUCAAAAGAGGCAGCAAACACACUCUUUUGUGAGUAAAGAUGAAAUAAUAGGGAGUGAUCGCCCUGCGGAAACUUCUUUCAUGACUCGAAAGAGGCAGCAAACACACUCUUUUGUGAAUAAAUACCAAAUAAUAGGGAGGGACGGUGAUAGAGUAGCUAUUCUAAACCUCAUGUUAGGGUUUGAAAGUGAAGAGAAUGUUUACAUCAUUCCAAUUGUGGGGUUAGGAGGGUUAGGGAAGACUGCUUUGGCCCAGUUUGUCUAUAAUGAUGAAAUGGUUAAAAAUCAUUUUGAGUUGAUGAUGUGGGUGUGUGUUUCAGACCUUUUUGAUGUCAAAAAAAUUGUUGAAAACAUAAUCGAAUCUGCAACUCACCAACCACUAGAUAAAAAUCUCAAAAUGGACCAAUUGCAAAAACAACUUCGAGAUAAAAUUUGUGGGAAAAAAUAUUUGCUUGUUUUGGAUGACAUUUGGAAUGUGAAUUGGGAAGAAUGGGUUAGUUUUAAAAUGUUAUUGAUGGGUGGGGCUAAAGGAAGUAGGAUAAUAGUAACUACUCGCUCUUCAAUAGUAGCAAAUAUUACUAAUAAAUGUCAGUCUUAUGUUCUGAAACGCUUGUCUGAUGACGAUGCUUGGUUUUUGUUCAAAGAAAUAGCGUUUGAGCAAAGAUAUGCAGACUCAACAAAUCCAGCCUUUUUGGAAAUAGGGAAACAAAUUUUGGAAAGGUGUGGUGGGGUUCCUUUAGUCAUAAGGACGAUAGCAAGUACAUUAUCUUACAAAGAAACUGAAAAGGAGUGGCAUUCUUUCAAAGAUAAUGAACUUGCUAGAAUGUCACAAAUUAUAAGUGAGGCCAACAUGUUGGACUUGGUAGAGCAUGAAGGCCUCAUGGAAACCUCUUUCAUGACUAAAAAGAGGCGAGAAACACACUCUUUUGUGAAUAAAGACCAAAUAAUAGGGAGGGACGGUGAUAGAGUAGCUCUUCUAAACCUCAUGUUACGGUUUGAAAGUGAAGAGAAUGUUUACAUUAUUCCAAUUGUGGGGUUAGGAGGGUUAGGGAAGACUGCUUUGGCCCAGUUUAUCUAUAAUGAUGAAACGGUCAAACAUCAUUUUGAGUUGAUGAUGUGGGUGUCUGUUUCAUAUGUUUUUGAUGUCAAAAAAAUUGUAGAAAACAUUAUCAAAUCUGCAACUGGCCAAGCACCAUAUCAAAAUCUCGAAAUGGACCAAUUGCAAAAACAACUUCGAGAUAAAAUCGAUGGGACAAAAUAUUUGCUUGUUUUGGAUGACAUUUGGAAUGAAGAUGAGCAACAAUGGUUAAGGUUAAAGAAUUUAUUGAUGGGUGGGGCUAAAGGAAGUAGGAUAAUAGUAACUACUCGCUCUUCAGUAGUAGCAAAUAUUACUAAUAAAUGUCAGUCUUAUGUUCUGAAACGUUUGUCUGAUGACGAUGCUUGGUUUUUGUUCAAAGAAAUAGCAUUUGAGCAAAGAUAUGCUGAUUUAACAAAUCCAGCCUUUGUGGAAAUAGGGAAACAAAUUUUGGAAAGGUGUGGUGGGGUUCCCUUAGUCAUAAGGACGAUAGCAAGUACAUUAUCUUACAAAGAAACUGAAAAUGAGUGGCGUUCUUUCAAAGAUAAUGAAUUUAUUAGAAUAUUUCAAAAUGAAAAUGGAAUUCUAUCUACACUUAAAUUGAGCUAUGAUCAUCUUCCAUUCCCUUUGAAGCAUUGUUUUACUUAUUGCCGACUGUAUCCAAAAGAUCAUGUAAUUCAUGUAAAAACUCUUGUUCAAUUUUGGAUUGCACAAGGUUACGUAAAGCAAUUGAAUCUAAGUCAAUCUCUUGAGGAGAUUGGGUUUGGGUAUUUUAAUGAUUUGGUUGAUAGAAGUUUCUUUCAAGAGGUAGGAGAGAGAUUUCCGGGGGAAGGACUAACAUGUAAAGUGAAUAAUUUAAUGCAUGAUCUAGCUGAAUCAGUAGCCGGGAAGGAAAGUAGAAAUGUAGAUUCAAAUAAAAUUGCCGGUAAGUAUGGUAAAAAAUGUCGCCACUUAUCAAUUAAUCCUUCAUCAAUACUUUUGUUUAAUGGAAAGGAGUUGUCAAGCAAGGAAACUUGGGAUUUGAUAAUUGCAAAUUGUAGAUACUUGCGUGUACUAGAAUCGGAUGAUAUAGAUUUUAAGAUGAUUCCACGCUCCAUUUAUAUGUUGAAAUAUUUGAGGUUCCUUGAUCUUUCCCAAAAUCGUGAUCUUAAGAUUCUCCCAAAGAGUAUUUGCAAGUUACAUAAUUUGCAAGUGCUGAAACUUGAUCGGUGUUGGGAGCUUGAAGAAUUACCAAAGAACAUUGAAAAAUUGGUGAAUCUUACCCAUCUUGGGUGUGAAGAUUGUAAUGGCUUAACUCAUAUGCCACGUGGAAUAGGAAAGCUGAGUUCCCUUGAAACGUUAAGCAUGUUUGUAGUGGAUAAAGAUGGUUCCCAUGGCGGUGCAGAUCUAAGUGAAUUGACAGGGCUUAACAACUUAAGGGGAGAGCUAAGAAUAACAAAUUUGGGAUUCGUAAAAAAUGCAAAAGAGAAAUUUAAGGCUGCUAAUUUGAAAGAGAAGCAACAUUUGAAAUCGUUGGUUUUAGAAUGGGGCUUUUAUUUUGAUGAUAACGAUGAUGAUGACAAGUCACUAGAAGACCUCCAGCCCCAUCCUAAUCUCAAGGGGCUCUGUAUUCGAGGAUGGAGAGGUGAUGUUAAGUUUCCAAGUUGGCUUUCUUUGCUCACAAAUCUCGUCCAUAUUAAAAUAUGGGGUCUUAGUAGUAAAUUCAAACACCUCCCGUCCUUUGCUCAAUUUCCAUGUCUUCAAGAUUUGGUAAUUUGUGAUUUAACUGAGCUGGAGUACAUGGAUGAUAAUAGCCCAAAAGGAAGUCAAGGAGAACUAGAGUCAUUCUUCCCAUCGCUGAAGUAUCUUUGCCUACGGGAUUGCCCAAAUAUGAAGAGUUGGUGGAGGACUACAAAAGCAAUUGGUGAUGAUUCCAAAGAGUACGACGCAACAGUUAUGGGAACAUCAACCAUGGCUUUUCCUUGUCUUUCUUGUUUAAAAAUUGAAAAUUGCCCUUUGACUUCAAUGCCGUUGUAUCCUUCACUCGAUGAUUGGCUAAAGUUGGUGAAUACCAGUUUAAGGCCGUUAAAGCAGACUACCAAGAUGAACAUGAAUGCUAAGACCCCAUCAACUUCAACCUCUUCUCUUCCUCUCUCCAAAUUGAAAUCUUUCCAUGUAGACAACAUUGAGGGAUUGGACACUCACAUGCUAGAUGAGUGCCUGCAACAUCUUACCGGCAUCAAAAGUUUAACAAUUAGAGAUUGCAAGGAGCUGGAUUUAGAGGGCAUGCAAUGGGAACCCCUUAAGAAUGUCUCUCGUUUGAUGAUUGAUAAAAUUCCACAGCUGGUGUCUCUCCCCCGUGGGCUUCAGCAUCUUGUUCAAUUGAAAACAUUAGAAAUUCAUAAUUGCAGUGGAUUGAGGUCACUCCCUGUGUUCCAACAACUCCCUCCUGUGUUCCAACAUCUAACUUCCCUUGAAGAGUUUGAAGUAAGGGACUGCAAGGAGCUGGAGCUAUCAGCAGCUGACUUCCAAAUAUUCCAAGAUCAUACAAACCUACGCUAUCUAACGCUGGAAAACAUUCCAAAGUGUCGGCAUCUUCCGGAGUGGCGUAAAAACUUCCAUAAUAAUAGGAGAAACUCCCCAAUUGAAUGA